CUUGUGAUCAGUCAAUAAUGUAAAUUUUCUGCCUAAUAGAUAUUUCUGUAGUUUGGUAAGUGCCCACACAAUUGCUAAGCAUUCUUUUUCAAUGGUUGAGUAGUUAAUUUCAGUUCUGCUUAAUGCUCUACUUAAAUAGGUAAUUGGUCUUAAUUUAUGAUUGUAUUCUUGCAUAAGGCAAGCUCCUAAUCCAAUGUUGGAGGCGUCUGUAACUAGAGUGAAAGACUGUUUAAAAUUGGGUGAUAACAAUAUGUUGUCACUUUGGAAAAUUUCUUUGAUUGUUCUCAGUGUAUUUUCGCAUUCAUCCGUCCAUACUAUUUGUUUCUUGCUAUCUUUAUUUAUUAGUUUCCUUAAGGGUAGUGUAACAUCAGAAAAUUUUGGAACAAAAGUGCUGUAAAAAUUGCACAAACCUAAAAUGGCUUUUACUUCUUUCUGAGUGUGUGGUGUUUUUAUAUUUAGUAUUUUUCCUCUGUUGUGUUCUGUGGGCUGAAUUGUGUUUUUACCGACUUUAAAUCCUAAAAAUUCAAUGUCCUCUUGUGCAAACUUUAAUUUGUUUGGUGCUAUUGUAACUCCAUGUGCUCUUAAUUUGUUUAGUACUGUUUUUAUAGUCUCUAUAUGUGUCUUCAUAUCCUUAGUGUGAAUGCAGAUAUCAUCGACAAAAUGUACUACAUUUGGUAUGCCUUCUAACAUGAUUCGCAUGAAUCGAGAAAAUGUUGCGGUGGAAUUAACUAGACCAAAUGGCAUUACUGUCCAUUCGAACAAGCCUUCCUCUGUGGCAAAUGCAGUCAAAGGCAUGGAAUCCGGAUGCAUGCCUAUUUGCCAGAAUCCUCUGUUUAAAUCUAAGUGGGUGAAUAAUGUGGAGGAGCCUAUUUCUUCCAGUAGUUCUCUGGUGUCCCUCAUGGGUUCUGCAUCUAAUUGUGUGAUUUUAUUUAACUCCCUAUAGUCACAACAUAUACGGCACUGGCCAUUUUUCUUUUUUACUACUACCAUGGGUGAUGCUAUUGGUGAAUCUGAUCUUUUAAUCUUGUUAGUCUGUAUUAAAUGAUUUAGUUCUUUCUUUACUUCUUCCCUAAAUGCAUAUGGAAUUGGAUAGAUUUUGUGUUUGAAUGUGGGUUCCUGUGUUAAUAUUAUCUUGUGUUCUAAACUGCUAGUGUGUCCUAUGUUCUCUGUGAUGACAUCUUUGUAUUCUUUUAGAAUUGUUGUUAAGUGUCUGUUUGUUGUGGUGUUAUUUUCAUUGUCUUCUAAUUGUAUAACACUAGCAACGGUGGCUGUGCUACUUAUUUCAUUACUGAUGGUUUCUAACUCUUCAGGAACAGAGUCAUAUUUUCUGAGCAAGUCCACAUGUAGGACUUUCAAUUCACCCUUCAUGUGAAUUACAUAAUCAACUAAAUUUAACUUGUCAUGAAUUGUAAACGGACCCUGCCAAAUCUUUUGUCCAUUAUUGUUUGGCAACCAUACCAAAACUUUAUCAUGUACUUUAAGAUCUCUGAGGUAUCUAUGUGUAUUCUUUAUAUGUCUUUGUCUUUUAGACUCCCUAUCAGUGUUUUCUUUAGCAUUUUCUAUGCCAUAUGUAAUCCUCUCUCUAAUUUUUGUAAUUAUGUCAAAUGUGUCUUGUUGUGUGCCUUUCUGGCCUAAAAUAUUUUCUUUAAAAAGAGUUAACGGUCCCUUUGGAUUGGCCCCAAACAUUAGCUCAAAUGGAGAGUACCCAGUGGUGUCUUGUAUACUCUCUCUAUAGGCGAAUAAAACCAUGGGUAUAUAUAGGUGCCAUUCUCUAGGGUGGUCUAUUGUUGUUUUAUUUAACAUUGUUUUUAGUGUUUUGUUCCAUCGUUCUACCAUACCAUUAGCCUGUGGUCUAUAUAUUGUGGAAUGUACUUGUAUUAUACCUAGCAUUUUUGUAACUGCAUUGGUUAAGUUGGAAGUAAACUGUGUUCCAUUAUCUGACAAUAUUUUAUCAGGGAACCCAUGUCUUGUAAAUACAUCUAAUAAUGCCAUGCAAAUUGUUUCUGAAUUAAUGUUUUUGAGGGGAAUUGCCUCUGGCCAUCUAGAUGCCAUAUCAAUCAUGGUUAAAAUAAAUUUGUGUCCCUUAUUUGAUGGUGGAUUAAGAGGACCAAUGAUAUCUAUAGCUACCUUCUCAAAGUUUCUACCUAUUUUGUCUGUGGGUUGUAUGGGUGCUCUGUGUUUACUGUGUAUUGGGUUUUUUGUCAGACAUGGUAUGCAUUUGUUUAUGUGUUUCUUUAUGUCCUUGUGUAUGCCUGGCCAAUAAAAAUUCUGUGUGACCCUUUCUAAUGUUUUUUUUAUACCCAUGUGUCCAGCCAAAGGACUGUCAUGUGCAUGGUUGAGUAUUUUGUUUCUGAGUAUUAAUGGUACUAUUAUUUGAGAUUUUUUGAUUUCACCUUUCUCAAAAUUUCUGAUUAGAAUAUUAUGUUUUAUUGUGUAAUUAUGUCCUCUAUAAAUUGUGUUAUUGUCCUUAAUUUUGUUUCUAAUGUCCUGAAUUUGCCUAUCUUCUGUCUGCAUUCUAAUUAUGUCUUCUCUAGAUAUUUGUUUUGGAAUGUCUAAUUUUUCUUCUAUUUCGGGCUGUGUCUGACUAGUUUUAUGUUGUUGUCUUGUUAUUGCACUUAUAUAUUCUUUGGUUAAAUUUUUUGAUUCAAUCCAAUUUAAGAAUAGUUCUUGGGAAUUAUCUGGAAUUUCUUUAAUAUUUCCAAUUAUUAACUGACAUACUGGGUUGUCCAUAAGUACUGCCGUUACCUUUCCUGUCAACCAUGGACAGUCUAUGUCCACUACUGCUUUAUAACAUUCAACUUUUGUGUUAUUUGCUAACAUGACUGUGGUUUUUUCAGAUAUAUGGUCUUUAGGAUCAAUCAAUUUUUUGUCAACUACUAUUGUUGUACAACCUGUGUCUCUUAGACACUGAACAAGUUGGUUGUUUACAUAAGAAGGAAAAAAUUGUAAACUUCCUUCACUGUGACAUGCGCUAGCUAAAGUUUCAUGUGGUUUGGUGUUUUGUCUACUGUUAGUCUGAUUGGAAUUAUAUCUUUGAUUUUUAUAUGGUUGUCUACUCCUAUUUGCACUGUUGUAUCUAAUUGGACUACUGUUGGGUGAUGUUCUCUGAUAGUAUUGUUGUGAAUGUCCUAAAUCUCUAUGUAAUUUCCUACACUCAUAUUUUUUGUGACCUGGAAUGCCACAGUAGAAACAUUUGUUGUUGUUUGAAUAAUUAGUAUAUGGUGUCUGGUAAUUGUUUUGAUGACUUUUCUGAAAUUUAUUGUUUUGCCAUCUGGCAGGUAGGCUAUGGUAUCUUCUGUUUUGAUAUGUGUUUUGUUUUUGACUGUCCCUAUCACUGGGUGUGUUUCUAAUAGAGGCUAGUGUGCUGUUUCUAUUGUCUAGCUCUUCAUUGGGGUGAGCAUCUUUAAAUGUUGUGAUUGAGUCAACUAACUCACGCUCAUUUUUAAUCUUUCUCUCUUUAAGGAAUGAAAAUAAAGAGACUGAUGCAUUUCUUAAUAUUUUGUCUAUGAUAAACAUAUCCAGUAAUGCUUUUGGAUCAUUUAGGUCAAUUUCAGUUAAUUCAAGCCAUUUGACAAGAUUGUCUCUAAUAUUGAAUAUGGUGGUGUUAGGAUCUACUUCUCUCUCUAGUCUUAUGUUGUGGAAAUUUUUUCUAUAAAUGUCUUCUGUGUUUCCAUAGAACUUUAACAAAACUUUCUUUAUAUAUGUAUAAUUAUUCUUUUGUUCUUCACUAAGUGAAUUGAUAAUGCUUAGGCUUUUCCCUGAUAAUCUGCUCAAUAAAAUAUUAGCCCAAGUCUCUUCUCUAUAAUUGUAAGACUGACAUAUGCCUUCAAAUUGUGACAGAUAACUAAUAAUUUCUUCUUUAUGUUCAUUAAAUUCUCUAAAUUUGGGUUUAUAUGUGCUAUUGGUUUCUCUAUUGCUUGUUGAUGGUGUAUGCUGUCCUGAUUCUAUUCUAGCUCUUUCUAGUUUUAUUUCUUCCUCUCUUAAUUUCAUAUCCUGUUCUUUUAAUUUCAUAUCCUGUUCUUUUAAUUUAAGUUCUUCUAUUUCUUUUUGUCCUUUUAAUUUCAUUUCUUCUAUUUGUUUAAGAUCGUUUCUCUCUAACAUUCUAGCUUCUCGGUCUUUGUCUUUGUCUUGUCGGUCUUUGUCUUCUUUCUGUCUGUCUCGUAUUUUGUCCAUUUCUCGAGUUACGAAGUCAGUUAAUUUCUCCUGCUUCAAACCAAGCUUCUCACCUACUUCUAAUAAUUCCAAGUACUCUGCCAUUUUUUAUGUGUAAUGUGAGUAACUAAAAUUAUAUUGUUAUGUAUCAGUAUAUCAGUUAUCUCCUUAUUCUUUGGUUAUCAAUUAAAAUAGUUUACGAUAUUUCAUAUAUCUACAUGUUAAUGAAUGUAUACACAAAUGCAAGUUGAUACAUGAAUUAUAAGUUAUAAAUAAGUGUAAGAAAAAUUUAAAAUAAUUAAAUUGUCUAUUUUACAACAUAAAUACAGAUAUGUAGACGUUUACAUGUACACAAAUGAGACAACAAAUACAAAAGUACUGUGUAGUUUAUGGACCACAAGAUAGUAGAAAAUAUGACAGUAGGUUGACAAUAUGUAUAACAAUGACAAGACAAAUAGCACAAAUAUGACACGAUCUACUAAAAAACAACAGUUAUGACAAUGUACAAACUAGACUUCACAGCUAACACAAAAUUAUCCUACAGUGUUAUAAAUAGGGCCAGAAGAAACCUUUACCGUUUUAAUAAAAAAACUUCCCUAGGAAAGAUAACACCGUGGAUGUCCCUACAGUAUACUCUAAAAUUAAACUUAUAUUACACAGAAAAAGUAAAAAAUUUACUUAAUCUAAUUAAGUAUGAUAUAAGUAUAUUUUUAAAGUCUUAAAUUAUAUAUAUAAUACAUAACAUAAUAUACAUAAAUACCAAGUGAAAGUGUCCAAAAGAAAUCUGUAGUUGGUCACCUCUGCUCCUCUGUGACGCUAUGAUUUCUGUGUAAUCGAUAAUCCUAUGUAGUAGAUGCUCCUUCUAGGUAGUAGAUAAUCCUAUGUGGUAGUGUACUUGGGUAAAAUAAUCCAAUGAGAAAAGUUACACCACAAAUUGCUGCAAUAUUCCAAUGUAAGUACCUUGCGUAAUAGUGUAAUUGUGAUAAUCCAAUAAUUGAAAAUUGUCUAAUUUAUCUCCGGUUCUGUUGCACUUGUGAGUAAUUGAAGAAUUACUUGAAGAAUUACUUGACUUGAACUGUGCUGCUUGUAUAAAGUAAAGAUUAUGCUGGGGAAAUCUUACUUCCGCUGUCUUGAUAAAACAUCUCAUCUGUAAUGACAUCAGACUUCUUUUGGUUUUGUGUGGAUCAUCUCUUUCGUUGACUAAUAACUGUAAAAUAGAUUUCUUGCUGUUUCUUCCACGAGAAUAUUCACUCCACUGUUAUAUAAUUGAAACAGUGUACCAGUUAGCUGUUUGAACUCUCAACUUUUGACUCCCGUGACUGACCUAAAUUCAAUCGUUGUCAGCUUGCUCUGUGUGUCGUGGACUCUUCUCAGACUUGACAAAUACUCGGGCGUAAUGACGUUCGAUUCGAAUGUUAAAAUAUAUCAUUGUUACUCAAUGUUCUGUAAUACAUCGUUGUUCUGACACUUCUGACAAUAUUUGUAACGCAUCGUCGUUACACCGCUUCUGACACCAUUUGUAACACACUUCUACUCUGACAUGGCGUGGGAUGUUAUUUCUUAUGCUGUGGGUUAUGUCAGUAGUAUGGUUACUUAUAUUAACGCUUCAGGAUGCCGACUCAGUCUUCUUCAUUCUUUCACUUAUUAUUCAGGCACGUAAAGAAGAAUGCUCAAUUCUAGUUAAAACUCACAGUACUUUAUUGAACACACUUUAUAUUGAUAAUAUUAAUAAAUAAUCCUUGCAUGAAUGUAAUUUCACAUAUAUAUCUAUAGUAUUCCAUCAUUAAGAAAGACACGUCCUCAGACUACUAUAACUCAGCUCAACUGUCUAAUCACACAGCUCUCACGCUACUGACUGACUCUACUGCUCUGCGCUCAGCUCCCUACUAUCUCAGUCAACUCAUACUUCAUUACCAGCAAAGCGUGCAAAACAACCGCUCUGACAAAAACAUAAUUUUACUCUCCAAAAACGUGGAGUUCACAUUUGUUCUCAAAAAUACAAUCCACAUUGAUUGUCUCUCCCCGUGGAAAAACCUGGUGAACACACUCACUGUCCACUCAUGCUACCUCUCUGUUUACAUGUGAAAACAUAGUCCGUUACAGGUGUACAUGGGAAUAUGAUAGGAAAUGGUGUACAGGGACAUAUGAAAGGCAAUGGUGUACAGGGACAUAUGAUAGGCAAUGGUGUAUAGGGACAUAUGAAAUGCAAUGGUGUACAGGGACAAAUGAUAGGCAAUGGUGUACAGGGACAUAUGAUAGGAAAUGGUGUACAGGGACAUGCGCAGGAAUUCCCAGAGUUUAUCAAAGAGUACAGACUAUUUGUUUUCCGUUGUAAUAAAUAAAAAUGUUCAAUUUGUAAUCACAUCAAUCAUGUCACCAAGUGACAUAUUGCUAAGUUCUGACAUGACACAUCAAACAUGUCACCAAGUGACAUACGUGUGAGUUCAGACUAGACACAUCAAUCAUGUCACCAAGUGACAUAUGUGUGAGUUCAGACUAGACACAUCAAUCAUGUCACCAAGUGACAUAUGUGUGAGUUCAGACUAGAUACAUCAAUCAUGUCACCAAGUGACAUAUGUGUGAGUUCAGACUAGACACAUCAAACAUGUCACACAAGUGACAUACAGGCGAAUUCUGACAUGACACAUCAAUCAUGUCACCAAGUGACAUAUGGCUGAGUUCAGACUAGACACAUCCAACAUGUCACACAAGUGACAUACAGGCAAAUUCUGACAUGACACAUCAAUCAUGUCACCAAGUGACAUAUGGCUGAGUUUUGACAUGACACAUUACUAGUGUCAAACAUUUGUAAUGACAUAGCACAUUAUACAUCUCACAGAGUGGUGAGUUCUGAUAUGACAUAUCCUGCAUGUCAAGAAUGAGGGAUAACUAAAAUUUGAGAAAAUGAGAACAUUUAUUUUAUAUGACAUUUGACACACAAUUGAGAGUCCUAUCACAAAAUAAUAUGAUGACAUUUGCCACAUAAUUGAGAGUCCUAUCACAAAUUAGAUAUGAUGACAUUUGACACCAACUUGAAAGUCCUACAUUUGCCACACAAUUGAGAGUCCUAUCACAAAAUAAUAUGAUGACAUUUGACACACAAUUGAGAGUCCUAUCACAAAUUAGAUAUGAUGACAUUUGACACCAACUUGAAAGUCCUACAUUUGCCACACAAUUGAGAGUCCUAUCACAAAAUAAUAUGAUGACAUUUGACACACAAUUAAGAGUCCUAUCACAAAUUAGAUUGGAUGACAUUUGACACCAACUUGAAAGUCCUACAUUUGCCACACAAUUUAGAGUCAUAUCACAAAAUAAUAUGAUGACAUUUGCCCCACAAUUGAGAGUCCUAUCCCAAAUUAGAUAUGAUGACAUUUGACACCAACUUGAAAGUCCUACAUUUGCCACAAAAUUGAGAGUCCUAUCACAAAAUAAUAUGAUGACAUUUGACACACAAUUGAGAGUCCUAUCACACACAGACAUGAUGACAUCAUGACAUUUCUCUUACAAUGCUACAAGAGCCUUGAAGUUGUCUCGUUGUCUUGAUCUUAGCUGCUUGUGCAAAAACUGUUCUUGUCUUAACUGCAAGGCAGACUUGGUUUGACUCAGACAAACGUCUGUCUCUGUGAUUAUCCUCACUAAGAGAUUGACAAUCUCACUCUCUGUUACUUUGCCAACUGUCUGUCUAAUGGGCUGUUGAAUAUUCAUUGCACUAAAAACUAAAACUAUAACUCUAGUAAUAACUAUCACUAACAUCAAUUACUUCCCUUUGUUUCUUUACAAUAUUGUGUAUUUCUGCUUUUGAGAUCUAAAACUUCUCAUAAGUAUGUUAUAAUUAAUAAUGUUAUUAUAAAAAUGUUAUAAUAAAAAAUUUUAUAAUAAAAAAUGUUAUAAUAAAAAAUGUUAUAAUAAAGAAUUUUAUAAUGUUUGAAAAGAAAUAAUAUUGUGAGGAUGUUACAGCACACUGAGCAACAUGACCCAGCAAAUCUGUCAGGUGAAUAGAGUAGCCGAGUGAACGCACAAAAGCAUACACUGGAAGACACAAAUACUUUCAUAAAUAUUUUGGAUUUUAUGAAUUUAAUAAAGAAUGACACUCACAUGCCAUCGAUGUAAUGUUUUAAUGUUAACUUUUGAUAUGACAGAUUUGACCGCCUCAUAAAGAUGUUGGAAUGGCCGCAACGAACUGUGAAAGAAAUGAUGGUAAAAAUGUUUAGCUGUAAACAAAAAAGCAUUAGAUAGUAUAUAGAAAAGCUGCAUUGAUAAAAAUAGUUGAACAAGGUAAGUGGAAGCUUGAAUCAAAGACAGGACAAAAAGAUAAGAAUGUUUCGGCUAAGAGCCUUCCUCAGCAGACAGGACAAAUGAAAAUAUGACAAGAAAGAGAAGCUAGUUAAAAAAUUAAGUGAUCGCCAUUGGUAUUGUUUUACAAAAGCUAUAAUUACAUAUGUAAGUACUUGACCUAUAUACAUUAUGUAAUAUAUAGGUGUGUGUAAGUGGUUGAUUGGAUUUAUGUAAGUUUUAUGGACCAUUUAAUCCAUUUGAAUGGUUUCCUUGCAUUACUUUGUUCUAUGACACUGAUGGUAAACCUUUUAGAGACAGAGUUCCCAAACUCCAACCAAAAAGACACUAAACUAUUGCAAAGUACCAACACUGCAACUGAACCUGAAUACUGGGGUUCCAGUUUAGAACUAAGCAAUUAAAACAUUAAAAUCUUUUGUCUAAAAGGAAAAAAGACAAUAACAGAGAUUUCAAUGAUACAAAGGGAAGGGAAAAGACAAUGACAGAGGUUUUCAUGAUACAAAUUGUAAGGAAAUCUAAUAACAGACGUUUUAACAAUACAAAUUGUAGGGUAAUCCAAUAACAGAGGUUUCAAUGACACAAACAGCUUCUAAAAUGUAAAUGAUGAUAUGGCAUGCUUUUGCACAAUGAAUGUAACCUUUGCCCACGUGCUGACAGAGAGGGCUCUGAGUGCAUGCUGCUAAGUGCACACCCUAGGUUUGCCCCCCCCCCUGUCACACCCUAGGUUUGCCACCCCUGUCACACCCUAGGUUUGCCACCCCUGUCACACCCUAGGUUUGCCACCCCUGUCACACCCUAGGUUUGCCACCCUGGUCGUAUGACAAAUUUGGCAACUGGACAAAUUUUUGUUUGUCAUCCAACAUUAACUAUAUUCACAUAACUGUUAAUGUGAACCUACGUAAAUGUAUAUCACUGCAUCAUUAUAUCAUCUUUGUAUGACAAUAUAACACAUGUAUACAUAAAACACUAAUAUGGCAAUAUACCAUGUUUAUACUUCCAUAAUCUAAUGUCUCAAUAUACCAUGUUUAUACUUUCAUAAAUUAAUGUAGCAAUAUACCAUGUGGCUUUCAUAAACUAUUGUGGCAAUAUACCAUGUUUAUACAUCCAUAAACGAAUGUGACAAUAUACCAUGUUUAUACAUCCAUAAACCAAUGUGACAAUAUACCAUGUUUAUACAUCCAUAAACCAAUGUGACAAUAUACCAUGUUUAUACAUCCAUAAACGAAUGUGGCAAUAUACCAUGUUUAUACAUCCAUAAACCAAUGUGACAAUAUACCAUGUUUAUACAUCCAUAAACCAAUGUGACAAUAUACCAUGUUUAUACAUCCAUAAACCAAUGUGACAAUAUACCAUGUUUAUACAUCCAUAAACCAAUGUGACAAUAUACCAUGUUUAUACAUCCAUAAACGAAUGUGGCAAUAUACCAUGUUUAUACAUCCAUAAACCAAUGUGACAAUAUACCAUGUUUAUACAUCCAUAAACCAAUGUGGCAAUAUACCAUGUUUAUACAUCCAUAAACCAAUGUGACAAUAUAUACAAUGUUCAUACUAACAUUUGUAGAAACAUUUCCCAGUCUGGAAUGUGCAGUCCCCUGGCUUGUAUGGAGGUGCUCUGAGUAAACAUAUCCAAUGAAGCUUGGAUUUCUAUAAAAAUUUGGUUGUCAUCUCUUGAGACAUCAAUUGGGCUUUGCUUAUCCCUAAACACAAUUGUAAAUAAAAAUAUCUUAAUUUAUUUUUCUUGACUAUAUAUUUACAACACUGAAAUCUACACACAAAAAAUGUUGCAUUAGCUUCUUACUUUACUUUAUUUAAAUUAAAAUAUGAAAGAAAAAAAGGGAAUUUUUUAAAAUGUAUUUUUUCAUUACUUUUGAAAAUUUGAAAAUAUGGACAGUUUUAUGUCAAAAGAAAAAUAUUUCCUGUUUACCUGGAUUAUCAAAUGUCUCACUUUGUCUCAAUGUGACACUUUGGUCACAUGACUUUUUUGUGACAUGACUGAGGUUGAACAACUUGAAGAAAGUUCAUUUAAAUCUUCAAGUAAUAACUAAAAUAUCUAAAAUAACAAGACUUUGACCAAGAAAUGCUUACCAUGGUAAAGAUCUGGAAAUACUUACUGAUCAAAGGGCAUUUCUUCUGAGACUUUGGACAAAUCUUGGAUCUGAAUGAAAUGAAUUCAAAUUAACAAAAUAUAUAACAGUCAAAUAUAAAAAUUAAUUCAUGUAUCACUGCAUGAGUUUAAAUAAACCAAAUAUAACAGUCAAAUAUCACAUUAAUUCAUGCAUCACUGCAUAAUUAGUUAAAAUAAAACAGAGAAUUGUGCAGCUGACCAAAAUUAGAAUCAAAAGUUCACCUUCUGUUUAAGUACUGCGACAGGGUGAAAGAUUGACCUAUAGUCAUCCAAUGGACACAACUGUUCAUCAACAUUCACUGACCCCUACAAACAUAUUCAAUAUUUAAAUCAUUGUUUCCAUGUUACAAAUGUAAAAAAAAAUGUAAUCUCAUAUUUGACAUUUUGAAAAGUCUUGAAAUUAAAUAUUUAAAUGAAUGUUUAAUUAUUUAUUUUCAAACAGCUGCAAACGUUGCAAGUGAUUUUCACCUUUUGGGCCAGAUGGCCCAAUGCAAACAAGAGAACAUGUGGCAGAGAUUUUGCCACUGCUUCAUAAUCAGCUUCACCGUGGCCAAGUUUAUCACGGGCUCUAGGACCACUGGGAUAAAUCAGGACAUCGUGCAGCAGGUCCUAGUGACAGAAACAGCAAUUGGUUAUACAAACUUUCUUUUUGUUAAAAUUUUUUCUUCAAUAUAAACAUUUUAAAAAUUUUGAAGACCUAAAGAUUUUACCACUAAAAUAACCUAUGUUACAAUCAAUUUAUUUUCAAAACGUGUUAUGUUACCAUGAAAGAUUCUCCUAAGACAGAGACAAGGGCAUUUUCUUUGCCAUCUGGCAAUUGGUCAUCUAAUAUCUGAAACAACACAAAAAUGGAUUGUUCUUGUAUUUGUAGUUCAUUAUAAAUAAAAGGACUUUAGUUCAUGGUCUAAUACAGACAUAGUUGACUGCAAUAAUAUCAGAGACAUUGUGUUCAGGAAAAAAAUCAAAAGCCAUUGCAAUGCUUUAUUUAUAACAAAACAAAUUUUUUUAGUGCCCAAACGAGAAGAAAGAGUGAAGUAGAGUUUACACAUGUGUAUACUUGAAUAAUGAGAGGAGACAUUUUAUGUUCCUCUACAAAUUAAUUUUAGUUGUACAUAGAUGCAAUGUCCAGAUUAUGAAAAGAAAGAAAAGAGAAGAAAAGAAAAGAAAGAGGGUGUGGGGAGAGAAAUCAGACAGAAAGGAUAGGUCACAUACAUACACAUAAUAAGGGUUAUGUUUAGAUUUGGAAAAAUGAGGAUAACAGUGAUAAGCCAGUGAUACGUGUGAUAUGAGAAGCCUUUUAUAUGUGACAUGAGAAGUCUUUUGUAUAUGUGAAUAUUGGAAUUCAGCAAUCACCAUGACAAAGUUAUCUUAUUUAAAUUUUAACAUUUAACACACCCCCCCCCCCCAUUCCUUUUAUUAAUUCUCUGAUUUUAAUUAAUUCCUAACUAUGGAGUUUGUCAUGACAUUGAGAUUAAACUACAGACAUGGUAUGCAUCCUUAGAUUAAACUACAGACAUGGUAUGCAUCCUUACCUCUUCAAAUGUUGUGUACAGCGUUGUGGCCUGUGGAGAUAAACACAGAUAUUCAAAAAAAUUAACUUAAAUAUUUAAACAACAGAGCUUGAGGACUGUGAAAAAAUAUAGUUAAACCUAACUAGUUUAAAUAAAUGUUUUUACCACAUCUUCCUCCACACAGAUGCAGUGAUUCUAUUAGAAGCAGUAAGCUACAAUACCUCAGCAGUGAUAAGACGAUCUGGACAAUGGUUGGCGGCCACAAAAAGUCUUCUCAUCGCAUGUUCCAUCAAAGGAAGCAACUGUACUGCACAUCUACCAAAUCUGAAAGAAUUUUUUAGUGUAUGUUACUUUCUCAUUAUUCAUAGACAGACAUUUAGUGUAAUUAUAUGGUUCAUUAACAUUAAUGUAAUUACAUGGUUCAUCAACAUUAAUGUAAUUACAUGGUUCAUCAACAUUAAUGUAAUUGUAUGGUUCAUCAACAUUAAUGUAAUUACAUGGUUCAUCAACAUUAAGUGUAAAUCUCAAGAAAAAAACCAUCAAGUCAUAUUUACUCACUAAACGAGUCAUUCCUCCAACAAGUAUCCAAUAGUCCAUACCUUGGAAUUCUCUCCUCAAAUAACCUAAAAUGGUCACCCCAUAUAAACAAAAUUUCAAAAAAAGCCAACUCUACGCUAGGUUUCAUCCGAAGAAAUGUGCGCCACUGCCCAACUUCCUGCAAACAAAAUGCCUAUCUCGCACUCGUCCGUCCACUACUGGAAUAUGGUGCGAUCAUCUGGGACCCAGACCUUAAGCAAGACGUGGACACGAUGGAGCGAAUUCAACGUAACGCGGUGCGUUUUAUUGCUCUAGACUACAAAUUCACCACUCCUGGCUUCGUCACUGGCCUCUUAAAAAGAUUUGACAUCCCCCACUUAAAGACAGACGAGAGGGACUCUGCCUGAUAUUCUUAUAUAAAGUGUCAUGGGACUGGUGUCGGCCAUCCCAGCAGGCACAUACCUCACCCUACAGAAGCCGGGUAAAAUGAUCAGAGCAAAACGCUCACUGAAAACUGACUUCACCACUGACAUUCCCAUAAACAAUUACACCAGAAGCAAUAGCAAAUGCUUCAAAGUGCCUCAGAGCAGUAUCAACAAUCUUUCUUCAAAAUGCACAAUAAUAGCAUGGAACCACCUGAACGAUGCCACUUUGAACUCGACAUUGGUUGAAAGCUUCAAGGCUGCCCUGGCAUCAGCUAGGAGCUGUUAGAAUAGCAACAUUAUAUCCCCAACCGUUGCAAAGAUGCCAGUACAUGGAUGCAGCAACGAAACAUUACCAGAACCAGGACAUGGUUCAUCAACAUUAAUGUAAUUACAUGGUUCAUCAACAUUAAUGUAAUUACAUGGUCCAUCAACAUUUAGUUUAAUGACAUGGUUCAUAAUCUAUUUUAACAUCAAAUUUGUUCAUUAAAUAUGCUUGUAUGUGAAUUGGUUGUGCUUAUCAAAAUCAAUUAUAAAAAUAAGAUGGACAUUGAUAAAAUUCACUAUUAAGAUCAGAUCAAUGUAAAUAAUCAACUCACCAAUUAUAUCUGUACAAUAGACAUAAGCAACUUAGAAGUCACUUUUGCCAUCUGCACAGUCCCUCUAAUCCAAACAAGAUUAGAUUACUGUAACAGUAAUGUUGUUUGUAGGGUUUACCUCAGAACCAAAUUCAAAGACUCCUGAAGGUAGAAAAUACUGCAGCACAAAUUGUAUCCCAGAUGAAGAAAUUUGACCGCAUUACCCCAGAUCUUAAAGAUCUACUCUGGCUUCCGGUGAGUGAGUGCAUUGACCACAAAUUUCUGUCUCUGGCGCUAUACAAGUAAUCAAUCAAUCAAGGAUCUCAAUCAAUCAAUCAAACCCAGCUAAAACUCACCACUGACAUCUGAACAGAGGACACAGCUAAAACUUACCACUGUCAUCUGAACAGAGGACCCAGCUAAAACUCACCACUGACAUCUGAACAGAGGACCCAGCUAAAACUCACCACUGACAUCUGAACAGAGGACCCAGCUAAAACUCACCACUGACAUCUGAACAGAGGACCCAGCUAAAACUCACCACUGACAUCUGAACAGAGGACCCAGCUAAAACUCACCACUGACAUCUGAACAGAGGACCCAGCUAAAACUCACCACUGACAUCUGAACAGAGGACCCAGCUAAAACUCACCACUGACAUCUGAACAGAGGACCCAGCUAAAACUCACCACUGACAUCUGAACAGAGGACCCAGCUAAAACUCACCACUGACAUCUGAACAGAGGACCCAGCUAAAACUCACCACUGACAUCUGAACAGAGGACCCAGCUAAAACUCACCACUGACAUCUGAACAGAGGACCCAGCUAAAACUCACCACUGACAUCUGAACAGAGGACCCAGCUAAAACUCACCACUGACAUCUGAACAGAGGACCCAGCUAAAACUCACCACUGACAUCUGAACAGAGGACCCAGCUAAAACUCACCACUGACAUCUGAACAGAGGACCCAGCUAAAACUCACCACUGACAUCUGAACAGAGGACCCAGCUAAAACUCACCACUGACAUCUGAACAGAGGACCCAGCUAAAACUCACCACUGACAUCUGAACAGAGGACCCAGCUAAAACUCACCACUGACAUCUGAACAGAGGACCCAGCUAAAACUCACCACUGACAUCUGAACAGAGGACCCAGCUAAAACUCACCACUGACAUCUGAACAGAGGACACAGCUAAAACUCACCACUGACAUCUGAACAGAGGACACAGCUAAAACUCACCACUGACAUCUGAACAGAGGACACAGCUAAAACUCACCACUGACAUCUGAACAGAGGACCCAGCUAAACCUCACCACUGACAUCUGAACAGAGGACACAGCUAAAACUCACCACUGACAUCUGAACAGAGGACCCAGCUAAAACUCACCAUUGACAUCUGAACAGAGGACACAGCUAAAACUCACCACUGACAUCUGAACAGAGGACCCAGCUAAAACUCACCAUUGACAUCUGAACAGAGGACCCAGCUAAAACUCACCACUGACAUCUGAACAGAGGACACAGCUAAAACUCACCACUGACAUCUGAACAGAGGACACAGCUAAAACUCACCACUGACAGGCAAAACUGACAACAUUUCUAGAUUGGACAAAGUUGAAACUCACUGUUUAUGCUUGUAACAGCUGAACACAGACUUGAUUAUUGUGCUAUUGUUAUUGGUGUUGAUCCAACUAUUUAACACACACAUCUCCAACUCUGUCAAUUUAUCCUCUGAUAGGUCUACAAAAGUAAAAUAAGCAUGACUCUGUAAUGUGUUUAAUGAUUCUGUAUAGUUUUUAAUGAUUCUGCAGUGUCUUUUAUGAUUCUGUCAUGUGUUUAAUGAUUAUGUAGUGUUUUUAGUAAUUAUGUAGUGUGUUUAAUAAUUAUGUAGUGUGUUAUAUAGUGUUUAAUGAUUCUAUAGUGUGUUUAAUAAUUCAGUAAUGUGUUUAAUGAUUACAUCAUGUGUUCAAUAAUUAUGCAGCUAUACAUGACAACAGCAGAUAAACACUACAGUUAUACAUGACAACAGCAAAUAAACAAUACAGCUAUAAAUGACAACAGCAAAUAAACAAUACAGCUAUCAAUGACAACAGCAAAUAAACACCACAGCUAUACAUGACAAUAGCAAAUAAACACUACAGCUUUAAAUUCAGCAAAAAAAUACAUUUGAUGCAAAGUUUUCUUAAUAAUGUUUGAAUAAAAUCCCAUCCUUGAACAGACAUUGUACUCUACCAUCGAGCAGGGCUGCAAUAGUGUCACUCUUUGAUAAUGUCACAUAGGAUCUAUUCUCCAUCAUUUUUGAACUCAUGUUUUUCUCCAGCAGUAGAUUUCCUAUGCUAGCAGCCAUCACCAGUAGAAAAUGGAUGUAUCUGUGAAAUCAAGAAGCAGACUCUUAUGAAGACUGCGACCAUACGCAACCGGGUAUCAGAAGUGAGGGUUGGGAUUAAAAACUAUUUAAAAUGACAUCCGAAUGGGAUUUAGUCUUAAGGGACCCGGUUACGCAUGUCCCCUAUUCUGACCCUGGUCCCUUUAGACUAAAUCCCAUUUGGAUGUCAUUUGUGGUAGUUUAUUUUAGUUAAACUGAAGAAGUAGGUUUACAAACAUACAGUCCAUUCAAUUAUCUUUCAUUUCAUACCUCAUUUUGUCUUACAAACCCAACAAUAAUAUUUUAAAUAGUUUUUAAUCCCUACCUCUCACUUCUCGUACCCGGGUACGAAUAGCCACUUCGUUUAUAAAUGCAAAACUUCUUUAAGAAAGCUUAAGUAAUAAUAGUUAUAUUCUGCUUCCAGGAAGUGGUGUCAAGAGACUUUAUCUUUGACAGAAAAGAUCUUUAUAAACUUCUGUCAAUAAAGAAGUCAAUGAAUCCAUUUAAUUUCUAUAAAUGCACUUUUUGCUGAUUUAUUACCUUCUUGGUAUUUCAUUCUCUGAUAGGAAUCCAUGCCAAACAACAUUUCUUAAGUUCAUUGAGUUGGGUGGACCAAUCAGAACUUCAAGGAGCAUUAUCUAGAAGGAUUAGUUGAGUUCUUUUAGAUACUUAAAACCCACAUUAGGCCCAUAAGUCUAUAUUAAAAUAGAAAUAAUAAAAAAAAUAAAAGCAUUUUGAAAACUUUUUCAGAUCUUGAGACAUUAAUAAUCUACCCAUUUAGGCUCAAUGUGCGCAUCCGCUAUAUUAUUUAGUUUCUAUAUACAACAAAAAUAUCAGACUGCCUUCUUAGCCCAAUCUAUGUAUUUGUAUAGCCAAAAACUAUUCCUACUAGCAUCUGUGGCCCAUACAUCAGAAUUAAUAAAUGAAAGAAGGUUUUAUUCUUAAGUCUCUAUAUAUUACGGCAUGUUACGUAGCUAACGUCACUUUAAAAAAAACAUUCACUUACGGCAGAAGGACUCAGGAUAUCUUCCAAUUCUUGGGUGGCCAGAAGGUCCUUUAGCAAAGUAGGACAGGGGCUGGCUUUUGUUAAAUAAACCUUUCACAAAGUUGACAAUAUAUAUAUUUAUUACAUGUUAAAUUUUUUUUUUUGCAAUCAAAGAUAAAAGUUUUUUAAAGCAGCCAUGUAAAAUGUGAUAGCUCUCAGGAUGUCAGGAUUUUUCAAUAACAUAUAAAAAUUGUCAAUCAAAGAUAAAAGUUUUUUAAAGCAGCCAUGUAAAAUGUAAAGACUGGUCAUGAAAAAAGUAAUGUAAGAAUACAUUUUUUAAAAACGAUUUUUACAAACAAACCAUCACAAUUAGCAAUCCGAAUGUUCUCCCUUUAUUGUCCUGUCUUUCUAUUUCGAGCUUCCAAAGCCCUUGUUCUACUAUUUGCUUCACAUAGCUUGAACGCAGUCCUUCAUUUAUCAUACUCAAUGAGUGGCCAGUGUUAAAUUUUUAACCAAUAAAUCUACUUACAUUUCCCAGAGCUCUUUCUAAUCCUCCACACAACAUCAGCAGAGCUAAGAUGUCAUCAGAUCCACUUUUGUGGGUGAGAAGUUCAAAACAAUCACAAAAUAACUGGAACAUAUAAGUGUGGUUUUUUUUAAUGUUAUUUAAAUUAUAAACAACUGAAAAACAAAUGAAUUCUUUAAAGUGAAGGAAAUCUUUUGAUUGGCAUUUUUUUCUAUUAUAAGUCAUUCUUACUUGAUUUAUAAUUUCUCGCUUUGUUUAAUUUUUUUUUGUAGAUUUUAUUUAAUUUCAAAUAUUUAUUUCUCGAAUAACAUUAUAAUUUCCUCCCUUGAUAUAUGGUUAGAUUUUAAAAUUUAAAAUUAGAUAACUUUCACCUUUAGAUUCUUUGUCCAGUCAAAUAAUGCUCCAUACUUGUCAGAAAAAUCACCAGGUGAUAAACUAUCCAGAAAAUGUUCGGUAAACUUAAAAAUUGGAUCCAGUAAUCUGACUGAUUCUUUAUAACAUAGCUUUGAAUUUCUUUUAGGCAGAACUGAAAUUUUAUGAAAGAAAUAUAUUCUAGCAAUUGAGCUUAAUUAAUUAUAUAAACUACCAGUAUUUUUAUUAAUUCUUUGAACAAUAUUUCAAACUUUCUGAUAGUUGAUUAACAUGCAUUUAAUUAAUAUGGCCUACUACAAAUGUAAGAAUUGUAAGUUUUAUGUUUGUGAGUUCUUUUUAUUUAAAUUUUAUAGUUUUUAGCUUAAAAAAAAAUUGGGAUAUGGAACAUUUAAAAAUUUGAUGCAAGAUGAAGAAACAAAUCAUUUCUAUGUGCAAUGCUUUUGACAAGUUAUGAUUCACAAUUAAACUAUUUUUAUCAUUUUUUUUGUUAAGGCAUCAAAAAUUAAUUAAAUGCCACAUGUAUCUUUUUAGACAAUUUAAACUAUGGCAUUAUGUAUAAACUGAACCCUUAUAUUUAAAAUUAAAAAAUGUCCUGUGUGCCCUUUUAAAACUAAAAAUGGGUAACUAAACUAUAUCUCUGUAAGGACAACCAAGUUACAAGGGGCUCGAGGUGGAAUUGCUAGUCAUGAGGCUUGAGGCAGAAUUGCUAGUCAUCUAUUAAUUUACAGAUCAAUAGUAUCGAAAUAACCUAUCAGUAAAAUUGUGUCUCUAAAGUACAGUGACCAGAUUUUUUAAGGUUUACCUGGGACCCAGGGGAAUUUGUGGUGGGAGGGAAGCCCAUGGUGCCAAAGCCAAAAAAGAUUCAUGAAAAUUGACUGAAAAACACGCUUUACUGAAAGCUAAGAAAAAAUUCUUUAGUGUACCGGUACACUAUAGCAUACUGGAUAUUAUGGAUGUACUGAAACAUUACGCUGUGUUAAUCAGAAAUCACGGGUGAAAUUUUUGUGAACAAUACGCAGAAAAGUAACACAAUUGUUUAGUGAGGAAUUUGUUAAUAAUUUCUAAGUCUGAGAGUGCACAUCUCAUUUUUUAAAGGUUCAUAAAAGGAAAAACAGCUUGUCAGUGAGAAACUAACUACUGGUACUAACAACUGACAUGUUGUUAAAAAAUAUAAAGAAAUUGACACAACCGGCGUAUGUCAGAAAUACAAUGGACAAUGGAUCAACUGUCAUCAUUAAUAUAAUAAUCAUGACAAACUAUUAUUUCUGAGAUGAGUGGAUAGCUCUCAGGAUGUCAGGAUUUUUCAAUAACAUAUAAAAAAUUGUCACAGUCACAUGAAUCACUGAAAUUGCAUUUGACAAUCAGCAUACGUUUCAGUAUCAACUAUUACUUUGAGUUGCUAUUUAUCUGGUGGCCACAUGUGAUUUAUCAGAGAAAAGACUCUUUCAGUGUGAGUGUGAGCAUUUGUCCCUGGAGACAUAAUUGACAUAAUGCAAAUUUCCAUUAUCACAAGGAACAUGUUUUGCAAAUUGCUUAAAUAUUUUCAUCCAUCAUUUAUCUACUGGGAAUUCUGCUGUAACCCACUCAUUGUGUCUAUGUGUGUGAUCUAUUUGGCCUAAAUUAAUAAAUAAUAAUAUAACAGUACAGUGUGUACCGUAGUUAGUGACUUACCAGAAGAUGCACAUUUCUGAAUCUUGAAAAAGAUUAUGCUACCAUAUUUUUCUGGGGUAAUACUAAUAGUGGCAACACUCAAAAAUAAAUGUUUCCCACUUUCACUAAUCUGGCCAUGGCUAUUAUUAGUAUUUUUGAGCAACUCACAAGGGCAAACUUUCCUAUUAUUGCUAAUGUCAAGUUGUUGGUCAUUUUCAUUUAUCACCUCUAAAGUUUCUGAUAUAAGUAUAUUUUCUAAAAUAGAAUCUGAUAUACAUUUAACCCCAAAUCCGUCAGUCGAAUUAAUUCGAGGCACUUUAUUUUCAACAGGCAGACAUAAGUCGCCCGCUUCGCUCGUUUGGCACAGCAGACGUCUGACUCGCGGACUAAGAGCUGAUGAUAUUUCCUGGCCAGAUAACUCUUUGAUUAAUUCUUUACAAAAUCUAUUGAAAGUCAUGAUAUAUUUUACUAAUUUGAUAAACUGCGGCUAAAUAAUAUACUUAAAUAACAAAAAUAUAUAGUUUUAUUAAGCUUUUGUCUUUGAGUUUUAUAAACGAG